AAUUUGUUAACAAAAAAUUAGCUAAAUUCUUCUUACCCAUUUUCCCCCGCAAAGUGAGUCAGCGUUUAUGUCCCUUCUGUUCUUGGAAAUAGCCGUCUGUCUUUAGAUUUUAAGUUAGAUGAUUGGCCUGUGACCCCAGUUUCUGGUAAGUCAAUAAAAAAAUUAUCAUUUUGUAGAUUAUCUGGAUUUUUCUUGUUACUGUGGGAGCGAUGGUGUUCCCGCUGGCUAACUAGAUCCUAGACUGAAGCUGGAAGUCCUCCAGGGUUGAUUUUAAAGCAAAUAAAACUUCUCUUGGACCAGAGAGGAAACUCUAAUUUAACAAACACAUGUUUAAUGAGCGAUUGGACUUUAACUAUCUACAACUAAAAGUCUUCUUAGUUUUGCUACAACUCCAGAAAAAAUGUUGGAUGAAAGUUGUGAUGACAAACGAUUUUAAUUUGUUCUUAAUUUUAGCAUGAAUUCUCCUAAAAUUUCACAGGGUUCUCUACCGGUGCCUGAUACUACUACAUUGCCUCCAGCUGGCUGCUGCAAGAUGAUGCUGUUUCUCUGCCCUGGAGUAGCAACGCAGCAAUCAGUGUUCUAACCAAGAGGAGAGGUACUCCGAGAGUACACUGGUGGCUUCAGAACAAAGCCUCCACACCCGGCUUACCGGAGCUCCUAUGUGGAGGAUUCAACAAAGUCAAAGUCUAAACUAAAGGAGCCUAAUCAGGACAAUGAGUGUGAUAAAUCUUAUGGACUGCACUCAAGUUGCCCAUCUCCCUCCAUCACUGGAAUUACUUCACAAACUCCUUAUGUCCUGACGCAUUGCUGAAUCCAGUAGUUUCACGAGCAGAGACUGAGCUGAGAAUAAAGAAAAUCAUGGAGGAACUAGACCAGCUGGUCCCACCCAGACCCUUCACUCACGUGAACACCACCACCAGUGCCGCACACAGCAGAGCUACCCUCCUCAACCCUCAAGACACAUACUGCAAAGGGGAUCAGCUAGACAUCCUGCUGCAGGUGAGGGACCACCUGGGACGCAGGAAGGAAUAUGGCGGGGAUUUCCUGCGGGCCAGGAUGUCCUCCCCCGCCCUGCAGGCAGGCGCUUCAGGAAAGGUGACAGACUUUAACAACGGCACCUACCUUGUCAGCUUCACUCUGUUCUGGGAGGGCCAGGUCUCUCUGUCUCUCCUGCUCAUCCACCCCAGUGAAGGGGUGUCGGCUCUCUGGAGGGCAAGGAACCAAGGCUAUGACAAGGUGAUCUUCACGGGCCAGUUUGCCAGUGGCACCUCCCAUGUCAAUACUGACUGUGCCCUGCUUUUAAACUCAAGUGCUGAACUGUGCCAGUACCUGGAUGCCCAAGACCAAGAAGCCUUCUACUGUGUGAAGCCUCCACAGGCGCCCUGUGCUGCACUCACCCACAUGUAUUCCAAAAACAAGGAAGUUUCUUAUCUUAGCGAACAAGAAAGGAGCCUCUUUGAAAGGUCAAAUGUGGGUGUAGAGAUUAUGGAAAACUUCGAUGCCAUCAGUGUCUCCCAAUGCAACAAAAAAAGAGUUCCAACGAAAAAGAAAUGCAAGUUUGGAAUGACAUCCACAAUCCCCAGUGGACACGUCUGGAAAGACACAUGGAAUCCUGUCUCCUGUAGUUUGGCUCCGAUUAAAAUGAAAGAAUGCCUAAGGGGAAAAUUCAUACAUCUAAUGGGAGAUUCCACAAUCCGCCAGUGGAUGGAAUACUUCAAAAGCAGUAUCAACACACUGAAGUCAGUGGAUCUGCAUGAACUUGGAAAAUUUCAAAACCUGCUUGCUGUGGACUUGGAUAAGAAUAUCAACAUCAAGUGGCAGAAACAUGGUUACCCCUUGAUUGGAUCAUUGAUCUACUCAGUCAAAGAUAUUGAGUACCUCGCCCGGGUCAUUGACAGAACUGGAGGAGAGAAAAAUACCAUCAUUGUUAUUUCUCUGGGCCAGCAUUUCAGACCGUUUCCCAUUGAUGUUUUUAUCCGAAGGGCCCUCAGUGUCCACAAAGCUGUUCAGCGUCUUCUUCUGAGAAGCCCAGAUACUAUGGUAAUUAUCAAGGCAGAAAAUAUCAGGGAUAUGGACGCUGACAUGGAGAGAUUUAGUGACUUUCAUGGUUACAUCCAAUAUCUUGUCAUAAAGGACAUUUUCCAGGAUCUUAAUGUGGGCAUCAUUGAUGCCUGGGAUAUGACAAUUGCAUAUGGCACAAAUAAUGUCCACCCACCUCAAUCUGUAGUCAGAAAUCAGAUUAAUAUAUUGUUAAACUAUAUUUGCUAGAUAACAUGUAUCUCUGAAAUUCAU